AUGACAUUCCCUUAUAAGAACGUUCUUCUCAUCGGAGCUACAUCUGGAAUCGGUCUUGCAAUGGCUGAACGUCUCGUUCAAGAAUGUAGAGUCACCAUCGUCGGUCGUCGCAAGGAUCGACUCGAUGACUCUCCUGAUAUCGAUUGCGUCUUCCUCGACGCAGGAUAUCAACGAAAACAUGAUUUUUCUAAGCCUGAAAGUGUCGAUAUCAAGGGCUUCAACUAUGAGAUGCACCACAACCACAAACCUGAGCAUGGUGCCAGCCGCAACUUUAACAGGUUAUUCUGCUUCCAAGCAGCUCUCAGCUCAUUCAUUCUUUGCUUAAGGGAUGACCUUCGGGACACGUCAGUAAAGGUCAUCGAGUUAUCCCCUCCUAUGGUUCAAACCGAGCUCCACGAUUAUAUGGGACCCCACGGUCGUAAACUAGGUAUGCCCGCCGGCGAAUUUACAGCCAAAGCAUACACCGGUCUAUGCAGCGGCGAAGACACCAUUUUUAUCGGAGAUUUGGCUUCUGCUGGUAGAAUCUCGGAUAUUGCUAUCAAGAGACGGGAGUUGUUUGAGAAAUUGGCGAAGUUGAUUAGAAGUCAUUAA